GGAUCUAAAGCUUCUAACCAGACAGACACAAAUUUUAGCCAGCCACCCAUGGUUCUGCACAAGGGUGGAGCAGUAGGAGGAUUGGGAGAUUCUACUCCGACAAACCUUAGCCAGCUGUCUGUGCUCCAGAACACGAAAGGAACUGGAGCCGGAUGGGGGGGCACUUCUCCGACAAAUAUUAACCUUAGCCAGCCAUCUGUGAUCCAGCACACGGAAGGAGCUGAAAAAGGAUUGAGUGAUGGCUACCCAGAUAGACACAAAUCCUAGCCAGCCCCAGCACAUGGGAGGUGAUGGACGAGGACGUGUUGUUCGUGCCCAGAGAAACACAAACCUUCUCCAGCCAGCCGUGCUGCAGCGCAAAGGAGGAUCUGCAGGAGGACGGGGUGCUCCUGCAGCUGUUGUGCAGCCUCCUGUGCUCACAAAGAGCUCCUCAGGUGGCAGCUGCAAUGGAGGAGGACUCUCUGGUGCCUCCGGGGUUGGAGCAGCAGGCAAGAAAGGCGCAGCGUCCUUGCAGAAAGCGAGCUCUGCGUUAAGCGGUGCAAACCCGGCUGAUGAGCACAGAGAUGGACAGCAGAGACUUGCGUAAGUGACGACCCUGAUCCCUGGGAAGCACUCGCAACGAGCUGCUUAAGUGCUUACUGGCUUCCUGUGGAUAAUGGAGAGGAUGCGUUCCGGGGGAUGGAAGGUGGGACGUGGGGGGGACCAUAGGAAGCACGGGGGUUUUGUUUCUCUUCCAGACCUGUUGUGAUUUACUUGCGAUAAAACGCUUUGUUGGACAACUGUGUGUCCAGCAGAGCGACUGCUGUGUCUUUCAAGAUAGCUGUAGCAUUCUUCAGCUGUUCCCUCUGAGCAGCGUCCUAUGGAAUUCAUUGGCACAGCUUUGGCUAUUUGAGUUUGACUUUGCUUUUUGCCCUUUGGCUUCUGACUGUGUAAUUUCUUCUUUUGCUGUCAUGUUGUGUUUCCUAGUGACUGGGUAGCAGAAGACAUGGCAACCUGGGAAUCUUCUGGACAGUGGAUGUUUUCGUGUUACUGUCCUGAGAAGGGCAAGCCUAAUGUUUCAGGCUUUCCAGAGAUCUCCCCUGAGGAGCUGCGCCUGGGGUAUGACACCUGCAGUGCCAAGGAGGGCACAGGACUCUACAUACACGCUGUCCAUCAGUAUGUGCAACAAUGGAGAACCAGGCUGCAGGAGCUGAAGGCUUUAAAUGCCUGGAGAACAGCAUCGAUGGUAAGAGUUAAGGAAAGCUACUUUGGAGAGAGAAAGCGGUCACUCCACCAUUACCUUCUCUUGGACUGGGAGGACAGCAAGCACCAAGCCCUGGGUUCCCAAGCUCUCCAGCCAACAGCAGCGGUGCUGCCCGCUUGUCCUUGCAAAUCCCAGCGUCUCAUCUGGAAGCGCUCCAGCUGUGGGGAGCUCUGCUGCUGCCUCCAGUCCUCCUGCCCUUGGGGUGACGUCCUCCCACAGCUGUCCCCAUUCCGUUGGGACUGGGGAUUCUGCAGCUCCAUCCGCAGCCUCACUUCACGCUCCUGGAACGGCCGCUGGCCGUGGACUUCUGGGCUUCCGGGCCCUGGGAGCCCUGCUGCAGCAAAUCCUUCCAGCACCGCUCCGCUUGCUGUCGCUGCUCCCAAGGCAGCUACAGAACCUUCUCACCCGGGUGCAAGCAGUGCUUCGGCCGCACCGACUGCCGGUGCCUCUGCACACAGCGCCGCGUCCGCGCCUCUGCAUCCACACGGCAUCAGAGCAGGCAGCUCUGCACACCGAGGAGGGAACGAACGGCCGGAGAGCUGGAGCAGUUCAGAGCCAAGUUCACGCUAGGAAAGGUCCCUGAGACCACCACCUGCAGAGCUUUUAUAUGAUAAGGAUUUAAGUUAAUUCUGAAGUUAUAUGUCUUAAUUCCAUAGGAUUUAAGUUAAUUCUGAAGUUAUAUGCCUUAAUUAAAUAUAAAUAAACGUAUUAUAUUAUUUAUUUACAUAUGCCUUAAUUAAAUAUAAAUAAUUAUAUUAUAUUAUAUUAUUUACAGAAUAUGUAAAUAAAAGUUAUUCUGUGACUCUUCCAAUAAAAAAUGUUGUGAUGGAGCAGUGAGCUGGAAUGCUUUUCUGUGUCUUAAGUUCUCAUUUAAUCUCUUUAGUCUUCUGUAAAUCAAUGAUGAUGCAGGUGUUAUAAUUAAGAAGCAUACAAGAGAGUUUGGCUAAGCAGGUCAUUACACCACAAAGAAGAGAUGAAGGGCUUACCCUUAUCCUGGGCUCACUGGAAAACUCCAAAGGAGGGAUCUCCAGAAAGAGAUCCUUCCCUGCUGGCAGUCAGCUCUUCAGUAGGAUACCUGGGACUAACAGGAUUACUGAAACAAUGCCUAAGUAAUGCUGCACUUCCAUGAACAGAGUGCAAUCUGCCUCUGCU